AUGAACUCCCUUCGCCUUGCCGCGCGACACUUGAAACCAACACAGCCGAUCCCCACACGCAGACCAAUCAUCAGCAUCACAAAAACAAAAGCAAAAACAAAAACAGCUAGGAUGUCAACAUUCACAAUCCCCAAUUUAAACCUCCACGUGAAUAGCAUCCCAGGACUAAGCCAAGAUGAUCUACUUUCAUUCCCAGCCUUCAAAAUCUGGAUAACAACCCUCCAGCAAUCCCUAGCACGGCAAGAACACCCCUCGCACGAGUUCCACAAUGACCCAUAUGUACUGCGCAAAAUCGACAUCCAAGCCGUCGACCGCUUCGGUGGCGGUCGACUAGGCUUCAUCAAGUUAAAAGCAGACGUAUCCAAUGGCCAGGGCGAGACUUUGCCCGGUAGCGUAUUUUUGCGCGGGGGCAGUGUCGGCAUAUUGCUUAUCCUCCAACCGGAUAAUAUACCAUCCCCAACUAAGAAUGACAAGCGCGCUAUCCUGACCAUCCAGCCCCGCAUCCCAGCUGGCUCAUUGUCGUUCCCGGAGAUCCCGGCUGGGAUGCUUGAUGAUAGUGGGACGUUUGCUGGCGGGGCGGCGAAGGAGAUCCAAGAGGAGACCGGGUUGUCUGUUGAGCAGGGGGAUUUGAUUGAUAUGACCUCGCUGGCAUUGCAGGCUGCGCAGGAGCCUGGUUACGGUGAGCGCAUGCAGAGUGCUGUGUAUCCAUCUCCUGGCGGGAGUGAUGAGUUUAUUCCAUUAUUUUUGUGUCUGAAGUCUAUGCCCAUGAAGGAGAUUGAGGAGUUACAGGGGAAGUUGACGGGAUUACGGGAGCAUGGGGAGAAGAUUACGCUCAAGGUUGUUCCUUUGGCGGAUUUGUGGAAGGAGGGGGCUAGGGAUGGGAAGACUUUGGCUGCUUGGGCUUUGUAUCAGGGAUUGAAGCAGGAUGGGUUGCUUUGA